CCAUUCCCGACCUCCGUCGCCGCUCCACUUCGCCGACCUCCGUCUCCGAUCCGCAUCCCUCCGUUCAUCCCUCAACAGCACCCGCCCAGUCUCUCCUUCUCAAACAGCCGCCGCCGCCACUCUCUCCGUCACAGUCAAUGGAACACGGUUCGUUUGAAGAUCAAUCUAAAGCAACGUUCUCGUUGACAGACGAGGACCAUACGCUGGCAAAUGCUCUCAGAUUCAGUCUAAAUCAAGAUCCAAGAGUAACAUUUUGUGGAUACAGCAUUCCUCAUCCCUCCGAUGCUCGAGUGAACAUAAGAGUUCAGACUACUGGAGAUCCAGCGAGGGAAGUAUUGAACGAUUCAUGUCAGGAUCUAAUGCUUAUCUGUGAGAACGUUAGAGACACGUUUAACAAGGCUACUUCGAAGUUUAAAACUGAAAAAGGUCUGAGCUCUAUGGAUAUCAAAAACUGAUUGACAAGAAGUUCAUAUAACCUUCUGUCGAAGUGAAAUUUUGUAACAUUAUUUGCCCAAAAGUUGCUUUUUGCAGAAUCAUUUACUGUCAUCUUUAUCUCCAUCAACUUUUGUUUUUUCGUUACAUAUAUAUACAAAGAAUGUACCUUUGAUCGCGCAGAAA